CAAGUUCGAUCCAAUAAUCCAUCACCAUGACAACUUCCAGCUCUACUACCUCCCCUACAUCGUCCUCAUCAUUUGAUUUGCCCACUGCCUCGCCUCUCCCCAAUCUCGGUAAUAUUCAUCAUUUUCUUUCUUUAAGGCUAACUCCAACAAACUAUUUGCUAUGGAAAACACAGUUUCUUCCUUUGUUAAGGAGUUUCGAUCUCCUCGGAUUAGUGGAAGGCACAGAUCGUUGUCCUUCCCCUUCCAUUGUUACUAGUGAAUCUGGUAUGUCAUCUUUAACUCCAGCAUACACUGCUUGGGUUCGCAAAGACCAACUCCUCCUCAGUUGGAUCAUCGCUUCACUCUCGGAAGAAGUUCUCCCACAAGUUGUUGGUCUUGCAACAUCUCAUGAAGUAUGGAAGGCUUUACACCAAGCUUUUGGCUCUCCGUCACACACUCGAAUUCUUCAACUACACACUCAAUUGCAAAAUCUACAAAAAGGAGAUAGUUCUGUCUCCUCCUACUUGAGCAAAGCAAAAUAUCUUGCCGAUGAACUUGCUGCUGCUGGUCAACCCAUGCCUCUUGCUACCUUUAAUGCAAUUGUCUUUAAUACCUUGGCUGCUGAAUACGGUGAGAUGAUUUCAGCCUUGUCUGCCAGGACGGAACCAGUCUCUUAUCCUGAACUUUGUAGUUUGCUCGUUGGCCAUGAAAUUCGACUCUCAGCACAAUCUGUUGCAGUUCCCUCAAUUGUUCCUGCAGCGAAUGUUGCUCAUGCUCAACCAAACAUUACUAAUGACAAUCGUUUUCACCGUGGGCGUGGCCGUGGACGUGGUCGUGUCUCCUCUAAUCGUCGUGAUCCUUGCCCAGUUUGUGGUGUGCACGGCCACAGUCCUUAUCGUUGUCGAUUCCGUCAUCGUGGUCCGCCCAAUCCUCAGGCGAAUUCUGCACAAUUUCAGCACUCAUAUGCACCCAUUGAUGAUUGGUUUCCUGACACUGGUGCUACACAUCAUAUUGCCCCGGACUUCACCAAUUUUCUGGCAUCUGAAGAGUACAAAGGAGGAGAUCAAAUUCAAGUUGGCAAUGGAUCAAAACUCAAAAGCAAUCCUUCUCAAAGGACCGAAUGAAAGCGGUCUCUAUCGCUGGCCUCGUCAAUCUCCUUCCAAUAAAGAGUCAUCUCCUUCUACUUUUGUCAGUUCGCGUGUUUCUUCAGAUCUGUGGCAUCAACGUCUAGGACAUCCAAAUGAUCGAAUCGUGCAACAAGUUCUUCACAGAACCAAGCUUCCUUCUUUGCCAAGUUCUCAAACAAAUAAAUGCCAUGCUUGUUUUCUUGGCAAAUCCAGUCGUUUGCACUUACCUCCUACAUGUACUAGAAGUAAUGGUCUUUUGGAUCUUGUGUUUAGUGAUGUAUGGGGUCCGUCACCCAUACUCUCUUCUAAUGGUCAUAGAUAUUUUGUUUUAUUUGUUGAUGACUACUCCAAAUUUACAUGGUUGUUUCCUAUUAAUCGCAAAUCUGAAGUGCUUGAUGUUUUUAUU